GACGACUUUGGAGAUGUGCUCUGUUUGGCAUUCUCACAAACGUAGAACCACGCCGCCUCACUUAUUUAUCUAUCUAGGGUAGCAAGGCAUACCGGAGUCUUGCGCUCGCCAUCUAGUAAUCUCAGCUCAAAAGCAUCAUUUUCGCAGCAACGCAUUUGGUUACAUCCGGUGUUAUGCACUUCGAGGAUCUUCUUAGACUCUAGGCAAUCUCACCCAAUUAUGCCUAAACGGUCACAUGCAGAGCUCGAUGGCAGCGCUGCUAGCAUGUCAGAGGCUCUUGCUCGCGUCGACGACAUCCUCUCGACAGCAAGUCGGCUCAAAAGAGAACUUGAACAACUUCGCGACUUGAAACAAAAUGGCAGCAUUGCGCCCGCUGAGGCCUCGACGACAUUGCAGGAGCACGCCAACAAAAUUCUUGAUUCGGCCACACGACUCUCCCAGCAGGUGACGAAAGACUCCCUUAGUGCUGAAGCGGAUUCCCGCAAGUCUCAGAGACUGGAUACGGUAGAUGCACAAAAUCUCGUGCCGAAGGAGCUGCCAAUUCCUUCACCCUCGUUGCUUACAGCCUGGACACUUCAGGACGUCCCUGAAGAUGGCAAUCUUCCUCCACUCCCCUCUGUCGCAGAUUCUUUACUGGAGAAAGCAGCUCUUACGCACACGGGCAUGUCAGCCAAGAGCACAGAUCUGAGCUACGAGAGGCUGGAGUGGAUUGGUGAUGCCUACCUGUACCUCAUGUCGUCAGCCUUCAUCUUCCACACGUUUCCCGUCCUCAGUGUGGGCCGCUCGGCGCAAUUGCGGGAGAAGCUAGUCAAGAACGACACACUGCGUGGCUAUACCUUGAACUACAGGCUCAACCAGCGGGCAAACUUCCCAGCCGAGUUCGACCUUCAUGGGAGAAGUGGCGGAACGGCGGCUUCGAACAAGGUCAAGAACAAAGUGCUUGGAGACAUAUUCGAGUCUUAUUUUGCCGCCAUUAUUCUGGGCAACCCGAACGGUCUUGAGCUAGCAACUGCUUUCAUAAAAAAGGUAUGGGCUGUGACACUGAGCCCCGAAAUUCGGAAAGAGUGCAAGGCACAAGAACAACACCGUAGCCAGACAGGCCCAGAAACGGCGAGCACACCCCGGCAGGAGCAGAAUCACAAAGUCGAGCUUGCCAAGACCAUUGGCGGGCCCAAUAUUUACAUCGACUACAAGCAAAUCGGAGAGAAGAAGUCAAAAGAGUCUGGCACGCCCCUGUACACCAUGGGCGUUUUCCUCACUGGAUGGGGCGAGACUGGCCUUCAAAUCGGCUUUGGAACUGCUCUGUCCAAGAAAGAUGCUGGACAGAAAGCGGCUGCCUGUGCUCUUGAGAAUAAGAAGUUGAUCAAGCGGCUGGUAGCGGUUAGGACUGACUUCCUGAAGGCAGUGGCGGCGCAGAAGGAACAGCAGAAGCAAUAGGCAUGAAGCUACUGCUGUCGGCAGGGAUGAGUGCCACCAUCAUGGUAUCUGAGAAAGUCAAACGUAAAUAAUACGCAUGAUACCCCCAGAUUGGUAGCGAAUUAAUGAGCAUUAGAACAUGAGAUACCCAUCAACACAUUGUUGUGAAAGACUUUGUCCACUGUGGUCCCCGAGAACGCCUCCAUCACGAAGAGGCAGUUCCGGAAGUGGAGGCAGGUUGCGACAUGUGGACAUGCGUUGACCCUCGGGACAAUUGGCCGCUUGUCUUCCCCGCUAAACCUGUACGGAUUCCCGUGGAGACGGGGUGUCCAGGGAUGCUGGGAGGGUCCGACAAGGGACGCCCAACGACCUUGUCGGAAGCAUGUGCGGCGAGAGCUUAUCGGAGGACACG